CACGCAUUUGGAGACACGGCGGGGUCAUUUAACACUGCCAUACGAGGGCAUCGAGAAACCAGAAGCUUUUGUCCUGAACACCGAAGAACUCGAAGAAUCAACAAUUGAGCACUCGGCGAGGUAGAGCUUGAUCAAGGUUAACCUCUCUCGGCACUACAAGUGCUGGCUUCGCUGAAAAUGAAGCCCACUCUAGCUCCCCAAUGAAGCUCGAGGUUUACUACUAUAUAUUGAAUAACUAAGAAACAACUGAAAGCUCGUGUUCAAUAGAAUGGAGGACGUCGACUCCGAUGAACCCGAAAAGAAGAGGCCGCAUUUGAGUUCGGUAUCCUCACCCAUGGCGCUGAAUUCAACCAAUCCAUCUACCAACAACAAAUGUGCUGAUGUGGGAGUCUUGCAGUUUCAGAACCAGCAGCUUGUUCAACAGAUAGAGCUCCAAAAACAAGCAUUGCAUGACCUUGAAGUGAAAAUUCAAGAUCUAAAAUACAGGGAAAAUUCAUAUGAUGACAUGAUAAUUGCAGUGAAUGAACUCUGGAAUCAGUUGGCUGAUGAUCUGAUCCUUCUUGGGAUACGAGCCGGGGGAGGCCAAAAUGCAUUUAAGAAUUUGGAGCACCCUGGUAAUCCUCAAGAUUCACUUUCUUUGCGUCCGGUGGAGGAUAUCUUUCUUUCCAGAUUAGUACAGAAAGAUUUCAUCGAAACCAACAAUCAUGAUGAGGUCAUUAGCUUUGUUGAGGAAGCACUUGCUCUGCGUCAGUCAUCAACAAGGGAGUUAUUGAAACUUCUUGAAGAUACCAUUGAUGCUCAAAUUGAAAGAACUUACUGUAUUACCCAGGGUUUGGAGGGGUCAACUUCAGAAGAUGCUAUCAUUCAAAUGUCUAAGAUUGAUGAUAUGAUGAAAGAGGAGGCAAACAAUUUGCGUGAAGUAAUUGAUGCUCUCCAUGUCAAGCAUAAAGAUUAUGUUGUUGCUAUUGAAAAUUAUAUCAGCUGCCACUUACAUGAUCAAUUUGAGGUUAAACGCAUAGCAGGUGAACUUGAUGAAAGCAUGGCUGAACUUGAAGAGAGUAGGAGAAAAUUAGUCAAUCUGAAAAUGCAGAAAGAUGCAGCAAUAGGGAUGCAGUCGCCUCGUUCAGAUGCAGUUAAUGGAACCCUGUCUCCUGAAAAGCCUUCAGACAAGACAAUGGGUCUGCGCGAGUUGAAAGAUUCCAUUGAGGAAGCAAAGAUAGUGGCAGCUGACCGUCUUUCAGAGCUUCAAGAAGCACAGGAAGACAAUUUGACUUUAAGAGGGCAUUUGCAAGACCUUCAGAAUGAAUUGACUGAUGACAAGUAUGUACGUUCAUCUCGACUAUAUUCUUUGGUAAAUGAUCAGCUUCAACAUUGGAAUACUGAAUUGGAGCGGUAUAAAGCAUUGACAGAGUCUCUGCAGGCUGAAAGGGUCCAUGUCGUGAAAUGGGAAAAGGAACUGAACUCAAAACUAGAGUCUGCAGAUACUGCAAGGCUUACAGCUGACAAUUCUGACUGUGGGAUUGAAGAGCUAGAGCUUCAGCUGCAAAAGUGUACUAUUGAAAAGAAUGACAUUGAAAUUGAGAUGGAAGAAGCUAUACAGGAUACUGGGAGAAAAGAUAUUAAUUCUGAGUUUCAUGUCAUGGCUUCAGCCUUAUCUAAGGAAAUGGGUAUGAUGGAAGCUCAAUUGAAACGAUGGAAGGAUGCAGCUCAUGAGGCAGUUUCCUUGCGUGAGAAAGCACAUUCAUUAAGAUCUUUGUUAAAUGGGAAGACAAGUGAAAUAAAAAGCUUAGCAAACAAAUGUUCCGAGCAGGUUGUGGAGAUAAAGUCUUUAAAAACAUUGAUUGAAAAGCUGCAGAAGGAAAAAGUGGAAUUACAAUUCUUUCUGGACUUGUAUGGACAGGAGAAUCAUGAAAAAAGAGGUUUGGUAGAAAUCAGAGAAUCAGAAAGUAAAGCUCUCGCUCAAGCUGAAGUACUGAAAAAUGCUUUAGAUGAGCAUAGUUUAGAGCUGAGGGUUAAAGCUGCCAAUGAAGCUGAAGCUGCUUAUGAACAAAGGCUUUCUGCAGCAGAAGCUGAAAUAGAAGAUCUAAGGUCGAAGCUGGAAGCUUCUGAAAGAGAUAUUUUGGAGCUGACUGAGGCUAUUAAAGUCAAAGAUGCUGAGUCAGAGGCUUAUAUAUCUGAAAUUGAGACUAUUGGACAAGCAUAUGAAGAUAUGCAGACGCAGAACAAACAUCUAUUACAGCAGGUGACUGAGAGGGAUGACUAUAACAUUAAGCUUGUAUCAGAGAGCGUAAAGACAAAACAGGCACAUAGCAUUUUACUUUCUGAGAAGCAGGCCUUAGCAAAGCAGCUUCAACAAAUUAACACUUCAAUAGAAACUUUAAAGAUGAGGAUUACACACAGUGAAGACCAGAUGAAAGCUCUUUUAUCAGAAGCCAUUAAAUGUACUCAAGCGGAAAAACACCUUGCAGUUACCCUGGAAUCUACGAAGUGGGAAUUGGCUGAUGCUGAAAAGGAGCUGAAGUGGCUUAGGUCUGCCGUUACUUCUUCUGAGAAAGAGUAUGAUCAAAUUCAGAAAGACUUGGAAGCUAUCCAAAUUGAGUUGGAUGCUGAAAGGAAUUCAAAACAGAAGCUUGAGGAAGAACUCAAGGAAUUAAACAGCAAAAUUGAUGAGCUCAGUUCCGAAACUGGAGAGACAGCAAUACAAAAACUACAAGAUGAAAUUAGGGUUUGCAAGAACAUGAUCAAGUGCACUGUCUGUUCUGAUCGUCCAAAGGAGGUUGUGAUUGUGAAGUGUUAUCAUCUGUUCUGCAAUCCUUGUAUUCAAAGGAACUUGGAACUCCGUCAUCGCAAGUGCCCUGCCUGUGGGACUGCCUUUGGUCAGAGUGAUGUUCGGUUUGUGAAAAUAUGACCAUCUUUAUGCUCAGAUAACAACUAGUUAGGUGUUGAUAAUCCUUUCUUGUUAUAUUCAGAAAUAUAAUAUGUGAUUUUUGUCUGCUCGUUCUUGCAACUGAGACCCUUUAGCUUCAAACAUAGCUAGCUACCUCUUGUAAAGGAAACCGUAAUUACGAGGAUAAAAGAAGUUAUUAGUCCUAGUUGCUAUUGGCAACA